GAGUUCCUCCUGGACUUCUUUCUGCUCCUACCCGAAAUGAGGUUUGUGAAAUUCUCGCUCUCCACUUCCUUCUUUUAGUUCUCUCUGGUUCUGUGAUCAACCAAGCAUGGCCCAGUUCUGGAAACCAGGCACCCAGAGGCCUCCUCUCCUCGAUGACGACGAAGGCGGCAUUCUUCUCUACUCCGCCUCUCGCUCCUCCACCGCCUCGUCGGGAUACGGCUAUGUUACCAUAGAGAAGCAGAGGCAGAGACUCCCAGUGUUCAAGUACCGGACGGCCAUUCUCUAUCUGGUUGAGACUCACGCCACUACGAUCAUCGUUGGUGAAACGGGAAGUGGAAAAACCACCCAAAUUCCUCAGUACCUCAAAGAAGCGGGUUGGGCUGAUGGAGGGCGUGUUAUUGCUUGCACUCAACCAAGACGACUAGCUGUGCAGGCAGUGGCUUCAAGGGUUGCUGAAGAGAUGGGCAUCAAGCUUGGGGAGGAAGUUGGUUAUACAAUUAGAUUUGAGGAUCUCACAAAUACGGACUUAACUAGAAUAAAAUUUCUCACUGAUGGGGUGUUGCUGAGGGAGAUGAUGGAUGAUCCCCUCCUAACCAAGUACAGCGUUAUAAUGGUUGAUGAAGCUCAUGAGCGGUCUAUUUCAACAGAUAUGUUAUUGGGUCUCCUGAAAAAGAUCCAACGGCGUCGACCAGAGCUGCGUCUGAUUAUCUCAUCUGCUACAAUUGAAGCAAAAUCUAUUGCUGCUUUUUUUCAUUCCAGCAAAAAGCGCCGAGGAUUGGAAACUGAAGAGGGUGCACCAAAGAUGAAGCCUGCCAUUCUGUCAGUUGAGGGCAGAGGAUUUGAUGUACAGAUCUGUUACGUUGAGGAACCCGUUCCUGACUAUCUCAGAGCUGCUGUUUCAACAGUAAUGUCAAUUCAUGAACAGGAAUCAAUGGGCGAUAUCUUGGUGUUUUUAACAGGUCAAGAUGAUAUUGAUGCUGCAGUCCAGUUGCUUACAGAAGAAUCUCAAACUAACGAAAAGCCUUCUUUGGGAUUGGUUGUUUUGCCUUUGUAUUCUGGAAUUUCACGUGCGGAGCAGGACCUUGUGUUUUGCCCUACCCCUAGAGGCAAGAGGAAAGUGGUGAUAUCAACAAAUAUUGCAGAGACAUCAUUGACUUUGGAUGGUGUUGUAUUUGUUGUUGAUUCUGGGUUCUCGAAACAGCGCUUCUAUAACCCGAUUUCAGAUAUUGAAAAUUUGGUGGUUGUGCCAAUAUCGAAGGCAUCUGCCAGACAAAGGGCUGGUAGAGCAGGGAGGGUUCGACCAGGAAAGUGUUACAGGCUGUAUACUGAAGAAUAUUUUGUCAAAGAAAUGCCUGACGCGGGUAUACCAGAGAUGCAGAGAUCAAAUCUUGUCUCUUGUGUGAUUCAGUUAAAAGCAUUAGGCAUAGACAAUAUUUUGGGCUUUGAUUGGCCUGCAUCCCCAUCUCCUGAAGCAAUGAUCAGAGCACUUGAAGUACUUUAUUCUCUUGGAGUCCUUGAUGACGAUGCAAAACUUAUUUCACCAGCUGGAUUCCAAGUAGCAGAGAUACCCUUAGACCCAAUGAUCUCAAAAAUGAUCUUAGCUUCAAAUCAGCUCUGUUGUUCUGAGGAAAUCAUCACUAUUGCUGCUAUCCUUUCCAUUCAGUCUAUCUGGAUUUCUGUUAGGGGGCAGCAAAAGGAGCUGGAUGAAGCCAAGCUGAGAUUUGCUGCUGCUGAGGGUGAUCAUGUGACCUUCCUAAAUGUUUACAGAGGUUUUCUUCAAUCUGGUAAAUCUUCGAAAUGGUGCAAUAGAAACUUUGUUAACUACCAAGCCAUGAAAAAGGUUGUUGAAAUUAGAGAACAGCUCAGAAGAAUAGCACAACGAAUUGGUAUAGUCUUAAAAUCUUGUGAAAGUGAUAUGCAGGUGCUAAGAAAGGCAGUAACUGCUGGAUUUUUUGCUAAUGCUUGCCAUUUAGAAGCAUUCAGCCACAACGGGAUGUACAAGACUGUUAGAACUUCUCAAGAAGUUUUUAUUCACCCCUCGUCUGUCUUAUUCAGAGUUAACCCGAAGUGGGUCAUAUACCAUUCUCUCGUGUCAACUGAUCGACAGUACAUGCGAAAUGUUCUCUCUAUAGAUCCAUCUUGGCUGAUCGAGGCUGCUCCACAUUUUUACCAGCACCAGCAACCCAAUUCUAUUGCUCGUUGAUGAACUCGUUUUUUGACCGAUGGAGGCAGCUGAACAUCUAUAGCAAUGAUUUUUGUUUCUCAAAGCACAAAUGGAGGGAGGAGCAACCAGCGUUGUAUCAUAUGGCAUAUGGCACGCUGUUGUGACCUGCUGUAAUUUAUAUCGCUAUUUACCAUUUCUCUUCUGUAUUAAAACUUUAGUGUUGGAAAUUUUUACUGAAUCUUGAUGGCUGGUUCUCGUUCAAACGAUGAUGAUUGUUACCCAUUGGUGUGUUUAUAUACACACAACAAUUAGUAGAAAUCUGAGCUUUCAUUUUGGCAA